CCCCCGCCCGGGCCGGCCGGCAGAGUGCGCCCUCGCGUGGACGUGGACGUGGACGUGGACGUGGUCGCGGACGCGGGCGCGGGCGCGGGCGCGCGGGGAGGCGGCGGCGGAGGGCAGCCGUUGCGGGCCGGCCCGCGGGGCUGGGGCUGAGGCCGAGCCGAGCCGGGCCCGCGCACGCCGGGGCCCACCAUGCGGCGGCUGCGGCGCCUGGCGCACCUGGUGCUCUUCUGUCCCUUCUCCAAGGGCCUGCAGGGCCGGCUCCCGGGCCUCAGGGUCAAGUACGUCUUCCUGGUCUGGCUGGGCAUCUUCGUGGGCAGCUGGAUGGUGUAUGUGCACUACUCGUCCUACGCGGAGCUCUGCCGUGGGCGUGUGUGUCAGGUGGUCAUCUGUGACCAGUACCGCAAGGGCAUCAUCUCUGGCUCCAUCUGCCAGGACCUGUGCAACCUGCACAAGGUGGAGUGGAGGACGUGCCUGUCAUCCAUCCCGGGCCAGCAGGUGUACAGCGGGCUGUGGCAGGGCAAGGAGGUGACCAUUAAGUGUGGCAUCGAGGAGGGCCUGGACCCCAAGGCCAGGUCAGACCUGGCCCCCCGGCAGGAGCUGGUGCUGUUCGACAAGCCCACUCGGGGCACCUCGAUUAAGGAGUUCCGAGAGAUGACCCUCAGCUUCCUCAAGGCGACCCUGGGAGACCUGCCGUCCCUGCCUGCACUGGUCGGCCAGGUGCUGCUCAUGGCCGACUUCAACAAGGACAGCCGGGUGUCCCUGGCCGAGGCCAAGUCGGUGUGGGCCCUGCUGCAGCGGAACGAGUUCCUGCUACUACUGUCCCUCCAGGAGGAGCACGCAUCCAGGCUGCUGGGUUCCUGUGGGGACCUCUAUGUCACCGAGGGGGUACCACAUGGCUCCUGGCAUGGGGCUGCCCUGCCGCCCCUGCUGCACACGCUGCUGCCGCCUGCCCUGCACUCAGCCCUGCAGCGGUGGCUGGGGCCCGCCUGGCCAUGGAGGGCCAAAGUCGCCAUCGGCCUGCUUGAGUUCGUGGAGGAGCUCUUCCACGGCGCCUACGGGACCUUCUACAUGUGCGAGACCACACUGGCCAACGUGGGCUACACGGCCCAGUAUGACUUCAGGAUGGCUGACCUGCAGCAGGUGGCCCCCGAGGCGGCCGUGCGCCGCUUCCUGCAGGGCCGCCGCUGUGAGCACAGCAGGGACUGCACUUACGGCCGGGACUGCCGGGCCCCCUGCGACAAGCUCAUGAGACAGUGCAAGGACGACCUCAUCCAGCCCAACCUGGCCAAGGUGUGUGAGCUGCUGCGGGACUACCUGCUGCCCGGCGCCCCUGCCGACCUGCGCCAGGAGCUGGGCAAGCAGCUACGCACCUGCACCACGCUCAGCGGGCUGGCCAGCCAGGUGGAGGCGCACCACUCUCUGGUGCUGAGCCACCUGAAGACCUUGCUCUGGAAAGAGAUCUCCAACACCAAGUACUCCUGAUGGACGAGGACCCCCACCCCUGGGGCCGCCUGCUCCAACCCUAAGUACUCUUGAUGGAUGAGGACCCACAGCCUGCUCCUCCCCAUCCCAGGGGGCCACCUGCUCCAACCUCAAGUACUCCUGAUGGACAAGCGCCCCCAUCCUGCUCCUCUCACUCCCAGGGGGCUGCCUGGGCCCUGGAGAGCCACCCUUGCUCUUGGUGCCCGUCUUCACUCUGCCUUCCAGCCAAGGACAGGAACACAGGAGCUUGGAGGCCUGGCCUGCUCCAGCAUCCUGAGGCAGUUCCUGUGACCCUCCUGCAACAAGCCAGGGAAGCCCUGUGUAGUCCCCCCUCACCCUCGUUCCCCAGCUUCAGAUGCCAAGAACCCUGACAGAGGGCCUGCGGAGCUGGACCAGGAGAGGCUGGAAGGGGAUGGGGGGCAGGAGGGAGCAGGUGGAGCCUGACCAAAGGGCUCCCCCUGGGCUUUGUUACUUUGAAGAACCCGACAUGUAAAUAAACAGCUGUUCUGA